AUGCCUCGCAUAAGGUCAUCCAAGCGCUCUCAAAUACCUCCUGAAGGCUAUGACAAAAUAGAACCAACCAUCACUAAGCUCUUAGCUAAGCUCAAAGCAGCUCAAACUAAGUCGAUGAAGUCAGAAGACAAGCACAACUCAUUAUGGCCAAUAAUACAAAUAAACCACCAAAUUUCUCGGUAUGUGUAUACAAUCUACUACAAGAAGAAGUUAAUAUCCAAAGAAUUAUACGAAUAUCUAUUAAAGCAAAAAUAUGUUGAUGGUGAUUUGAUUGCCAAAUGGAAGAAAACAGGCUAUGAAAAUUUAUGCUGUGUCCAGUGCAUUGUUACCAAAGAGAAGAACCAUGGAAACACUUGUAUUUGCAGAGUGCCGAAGGCGACUUUAAUUAAGAACAACCAAGAGGAGAAGGUAGAGUGUAUAACCUGUGGGUGCAAGGGAUGCUCCUCUGCUGAUUAG